UGGUGUAUAUCUGCUAAUAGAAUAAUCGCGAUUCUGCAGCAUCAAUUGCGUGCAAUUUCUUCGUGGCUUUUAUCAGUCACGGGCUGAAUUCCUCACGCGCACCCACGGCGCUGCGAAAUCUCUACAAUUUCCUAGGAGAAAUUCAUCGAAGGAAGAAAGCUCCUGCGCAUUUGUCAUAACCUCACUUUGCUAUCAGUACUUUUUUGGCAGUGAGAGAGUGAAAAAGUGGCGGGUUGUGAUCGGAAAAGAGCGCCCCACCUCCUUUACAGAGAUCCUUAAUGUAGUAUCCAGCUCCAUGUUGACGCGGACAUCCUUUAUUCCGCGCCUCCUCGCGGCCAAUCAUCUGGGGAGUGUAAAGUGUCGUCGACUGAUUCGUACUAGCUUCCCCGUUGGCCUGCCUGCUCGUUAUGUUGUUCCCGAGAAGGAUUUUUGCCUCCAGCGCGUCCUGAUUGUGGCCAAGUUGUCUCGAUAUGAGUUUGAGAAGCGUCGCUAUCCGGAUCUCACGACAGCUCAGCUGGAGGAGAAGAUUCGGGGACGUGGCACAGAUUAUGACUCCCUGAUACACUUCAAUGAAAUGCACACCCACUUCCGGAAAGAUGUUGUGGAGGCCUUCAAGCAUUUUGGGGUGGAAGUUCGAGUGGUUGACAGGCACUCAAUCACCAAAGAGUCCAUCAAUUGGGCCGACAUGAUAGUUCCUGUGGGCGGAGAUGGUACAUUUCUGAUGGCAGCCACACGGGCGGACUCUAUCAAGGGACCCGCAGGACGGAAAAUCCCCGUGAUGGGCUUUAAUUCGGACCCAGAAUCGUCAGAAGGACGCCUGAUGUUGCCAAAGAACUACUCAGCGGACACCAGAAGUGCCAUUGAGCGCAUCAUAAAGCGCAACUUCACGUGGAUGCACCGCUCUCGCAUCCGGAUCUCGCAUUUAGCCUCAAACGGAAACCUCCCAGAGGCGAUUGAUCUGCACGAGCACAAAGGGAACAAUAUGGAACAUCUCAGUCUGGAGCCAGAACUCCUGGAGCCUGUCGAGCAGGAACUGUACGACGCCAAAGUGAAGAGAACACUUCCUUACCUGGCACUGAAUGAGGUGUUCAUCGGCGAAACUCUGUCGGCUCGUGUCUCCCAUUUACAGCUGAAAACAGACGGGACGGUGACCAACACCAAAUGCUCAGGAUUGUGCGUCUCCACGGGCACUGGAUCAACUUCCUGGCACACGAGCAUCAAUAGAUUGUCUCCGAAGAACGUGGAGGAACUCCUGACCAUCCUGCGCCAGGGGAAUCACAUUGACGGCCAUCUGGAUGCUAAUGAGAUUGCGCGGGAGUACAAUAGGAGACUUGUCUUCCCGCCGGACGAUCCUCGCCUGUGCUAUUCGAUUCGCGAGGAGAUUCGCGUGGGAGUUUGGCCGAAUCCCAAGAGCGGCAUGGAGUCCCGUGCAUUCGCCAGCAAACUCUACGUCCAGUCGAAGUGUCUGGACGCAAGUCUUGUGAUUGAUGGCAGCAUUUCGUAUCCUUUCAAUGACGGUGCAAAAGUGGUCCUCGAGACGCGCCCGGAAGACGCCCUCCUCACCAUAUCAAUGGAUUGAAACAGUGC